UUACGAGUUACCAGUUACCAGUUACCAGUUACCAAUUACCAUUGCCUUUGUCUUUACCUUUUCCAUUACCCAAGCAAAAGCAACCAUGGAUGAAGACAACGAUUUCUCAGAAACCGGCAAGUUCAUAAACCAGAUCCUCAUGGAAGAGAACGUCCAACAGAGACCAUUCUAUGAUUCACUCUCCUUGCAACUUACCGAGAAAUCCUUCUACCACGCUCUCACCGGAACCCUACCUCUUUCCCCCCAUCAACACCCCCUUGUUCACAGUCCCGAAACUGAAACCACCAACACCAGUAGCAGCUCCAAUAGCAACAACGGUGACAACUUCUUUUCAGAUGAAAAUUCUCGUGAGUUCAAGCCUCCUUCUCCUUCUCCAGAUUCUGUUUCUGUUUCUGUUUCUGCUUUUCAGUUUAACCCCCAUGCCCUUUCUCAACCACCUUCACUUACUGUUGCUGAUCGACUCUCUGAUUUGGAUUCUUCUAUUGCCAAACUCUUGGCGCAGAAUAUUUUCAGUGAUGUUGAUUCUGUUUCUCAGUUUAGGAGAGGCUUGGAGGAAGCUAGCAAGUUUCUUCCUCCGGGGCCUAACCUUGUAACCCCUCUAGGUUCAAAGGGAGAACAAUCAAAUAACACGUUGGGAGAUGAUUCCUAUGGGUUGAAGUUGAAGGGUAGGAGGAAUCACCAACGCCAGGAGAUACAAAUCAGGGAAGACGAAGAAGAUGAUGAUGAUGAUGAACAAGGGAGAAGUAACAAGCAAUCAGCACUUUCCUUUGUUGAUGAGAGUGACUUGUCCGAUGCCUUUGAUCGGGUGUUGCUAAAUGUUGAAACCGUGUGUACUGAACACACUAGUGGAGCAGUGAAAAUUGAGGAGCCAGAUGGAGGGAAGGGUCGUUCUAAGAAACAAGGGAGGAAGAAAGAAACAGUGGAUUUGAGGAAUCUUCUGAUGAUGUGUGCACAAUCUGUCUAUGCCAAUGACAACAGAACUGCCAAUGAAUAUCUCAAGCAGAUUAGGCAGCACUCUUCUCCCUUUGGAGAUGCAUCACAGAGGUUGGCUCAUUACUUUGCCAAUGGCCUUGAGGCACGCUUGGUUGGAGAUGGUACAGGUGCACAAGGAAUGCAUUCUUUUUUCAACUCUAAUAGGAUCACUGCUGCUGAGUUUCUCAAGGCAUACCAGGUUUUCCUAUCUGCCAGCCCUUUCAAGAAGUUUACAUAUUUCUUUGCAAAUAAAAUGAUUAUGAAAGCAGCUGCAAAGGCUGAAAUUGUCCAUGUUAUUGAUUUUGGCAUCCUACAUGGUUUCCAAUGGCCAAUUCUUAUCAAGUUUUUAUCAAAUAGAGAAGGUGGACCUCCCAACUUGAGGAUCACAGGGAUAGAGUUUCCCCAACCUGGAUUUCGCCCCACAGAAAGAAUUGAGGAGACAGGUCGCCGUCUGGCUAACUAUUGUAAGCGUUACAAUGUUCCCUUUGAGUACAAUGUGAUAGCUUCACGAAACUGGGAAACCAUUCAGGUUGAAGACUUUAAAAUUGAGAGGAAUGAGCUAGUUGUUGUGAACUCUCUGAUGAGGUUUGAGAAUUUACUGGAUGAGACUUUUGAUAUGAACAGUCCUAGAAAUGCACUCCUGCAUUUGAUUAGGAAGAUAAAUCCGGAUAUUUUUACUCAGUCCAUCGUUAAUGGAUCAUACAAUUCCCCCUUCUUUGCUACGCGGUUUAGGGAGGCACUGUUUCAUUAUUCUGCUAUUUAUGAUAUGUUUGACACUGUAAUACCUCGUGAGAACCAAUGGAGGUUGAUGAUUGAGAGAGAGAUUUUGGCCCGGGAGAGUAUGAAUGUUAUAGCAUGUGAAGGUUCUGAGAGGAUUGAGAGGCCUGAGACAUACAAACAGUGGCAGGUUAGGAAUACGAGGGCUGGUUUCAAGCAGCUCCCACUGAAUGGUGAAUUAAUGACCAAAUUCAAGACUAAGUUAAAGGAAUGGUACCACAAAGAUUUUAUCUUGGAUGAAGAUAACAACUGGAUGCUUCAAGGUUGGAAAGGCCGCAUAUUGUAUGCUUCCACAUGCUGGGUGCCAGCAUAAUGAAAUGCUGCUGGACUCGAUUCAGAACUCAUAUUAAAGGUUCUGGAUGGAAUCCUUGGUCUGGCAACCUACUUGUUUAACCUUCAGGUGCUGUGAUGAAGAUAUGACCAAGCUUUGCUCCGUGUUACUUGGUAAAGUUAUGGCACGAGUUUUCUGGUAGAGUCAAGUUGUGAAUGUAAUCCAAGUUCUAUAAUGGUAAAGAGUGCGUGUAGAGUAGGAGGGCCCAUAUAGCAUGUUUGCCCCAGUACUUGCAAUCAAAAUGCUGUUUUAUUUUCUCUCUAAAGUCUAACCAGCUUGCAUUAGGCAUUUCGCAUCAUUCUAUAUAAAUUUGUAAAAUAUUUUUGCAGGAUAUGUUGUCCCAUUAGCUACUGAAUUGACAAUGUGAUUAAUUUGAAACAGAUGACUAUCUUCAGUUUGUUUUUAUUUAUUUUUAUUUUUUUCCGGUGA